AUGCAGUCCUGCGCUCCUCACAUGUCUUAUUUGCCCUCCGGCGAGCGGCAUCUUGAGAGCAAUCCUCCUUUGAAGGCACGUCUUCGUCGGAAUCACUACGAAUUCCAGCCCUACACUGGCGAGACUUCAAACUCUACUUUCGCUGAUCGCGAGCGCCGCGAAUCCAACGCCUCGGAUGAUUCAGCUCUUUCGGGUAUGACUCUCAGCAGCCACCGAGGCGGCACCUGGGUCUCUACUCGACGACGUUCAAGCAUCGGCGACAGAAUGUCCGAUGCCAUGACCCGGAUGAGGGGGGCUUUGGGGGGACGAAAGUCCCGAGACGUCAUGAACGAGGAUAACCCUGCAAAUUUGCAGGAACGUCGAUGGGCCUUUUCUUUUGCGAGGAUAUGUGUAUUUCUAGUAUCGCUGGGCGUUGCAAAUGUUGUCUCUAGUCAUGCAUUCAGUUCCAAUUCAUUUUACCUUACUUCAUCUUAUGGGAUAUACAUGUUAUUUUGUGAUUUUGCAAUGGGUUUGCAAAUGGGCCCAUCUCUCCUUGACCAUUCGGAUUGCUUCUGCGUCAUGACUUCUAUUGACGGAAAUCAGCAGCUGAUCCUGGCACAGGCGGGCAAUCAUUCUUGUGUCAGAGCAAAGUCCUUCACACCCCUUCAGACUACCCAAAAAGUUUUUGCAAAGAAAGAAGUGCUUGAAAAACGUCCAAUCUCCUACGAUAGUGAUGGAGAUGAACUCGUCAACAUUUUCAUGGGACAUCCACCAGAAAGUGUACGCUCGUAUUCUUUCAAGAAGCGUCUGAUUUGCAAAUCUUCAACAUAUUUUGCAAGUAUCUUCAAGAAUGCAAACACACUUCAUCUACCAUACGCAGAGAGUUAUCGAUUCUAUAUCUUUGAGCUCUGGCUCAAGGGUCGCAACUUGAAACGCAUUUCUGGCCUCUUUUUCGAAGGAAAACUGGACUUUCGUACGUUGGCGAGAGUCUACCAAAUCGCCUACGAAUACAAGGUUCCUCUACUCAAGGACAUCUGCGUCGACAUCGUUAUAGACUGGAUCAAGGCGCAUAAGUAUCGAUCCCCACCCUGGUACUUUAAAGGUCGCAUUCUCGCUUCUGUUCCCGAGUACAGCCUCAUGGAUAAGCUGCUGGACGACAUCAAAGAAUAUAACGAUGACAAGGCUCUGAUGGCUGAUGUCAGGUCGAGCCUUUCGAAGACGUUUCUCGGCGGUGUCGUGGCGGCAAUGAGAUUCUGGCCCAAGGCAAUUGGGCCCUCCCCGUCUUGUCAUCUUCUAAGGAAUCCGUGUAUCUAUCAUGAACACCGAGACGACUGGCCCUCGUGCAAGGACUGA